UGUAGGCCCUUGAUCAGUUGUCUCAAUAAUGAAUGUUCCGAAACUCUGCCGGUACAGUAUGAAUCGUGAUUCCUGGAGAUGGCCGCUACCAAUGACUCGAAGUUCCUUCUUCUCCUCGCGCCAAUUAUCUCAACUCCAAUUCGGCUUCACAGCUUGUCGUUGAGCGCACACGAACAACUUAACUUCGGUGAGCAUCGCGCACCACAUAUACUACCCUGGCAUUCCAAAUGCUAUGCCGAAGGGCUUGACUGCAGCUCGCUGCAUCCCACAUCAGACUCCACGAUCCGUAUGGGUAUCGGACGCAUUGCUAGCGGAAACAUUCACUCGGUUCUGUCACCAUAGACGACACGGCAGCAAUGUCCCAGGGCCCUUGGAAGCUCAGCGUCGCGCUGCCCGCCGGAAAAAUACAAAUCUCGCACACUCCGGCUGUCCCCCCGUAUCGCUUGACCCUGCCAUAGUCUUUGGACGCAACAGAAACAGCGACUGGUGGCAGUCUCCCACAAACCGCGGGCCCGCACAACCGACUGCUUCUCGCCUCCUACCGUCCUGGUUGUUCCCUAUAUUAGAGGCCGAACCACGACCAGUUCCGCGUUCUCAGGAUGAGUCGAAAACAAUACCCAGGCCACCGGACAGAAACCGGGAAAGACGCCUGUCACAAUGCUCCAAUCUGCAAGACAUACGGGAGUGGCUGCAAGAGACUGGCGGCAGUAUAGGCGAAUCCCCGGCUCUCAGCGCUGCAAUUCAAAAACACAUGUUAAAGACGGAAUUUCGUGGGGAAGAAAUUGCGGCAUAUAUUUGUGAUCCCAGCUUUCAUCCUCCAGGCACAUCAUUCAUCAGGCGACUCAUACCUGCCAUCUUCGAGUGCACCUGGGAGGUGCAUUGUUGGCAGGCUCUACGCGCCGCCAUUGGCAAAGCUGCUGAGUUGGGUCUCAUUGGAAUCUCCGACAUACAAACGAUCCUGGACUUUGCGACUGCUUCCAGACCGAUAAAGUUACACCGACCCGAUGGCAAGAUUGAGCAGGUGAAGAGUAGAGAAAGGAUGCACCUGAUUCGCAUAACCCUGGAUUCCCUGGCUCGAUCAAAGGUGCUAACGGUGGCCAACCUUGAGGGAGACUUUUUGUCGAACCUUUUCUGCAAAUUAGCGAGCCUCAGUGCUUCACGCCUCACGAGUGAUAGUGUGGGCGCGUUAUGGAGACUCAUGCCUUGGGCAGGCGUCCACGACGCGCCUGUAGUAAGUCGGCUCAUUUUCAGAAAUCUUAGGGAUCGCUGCCGAGACCAUGCCGAUGGAACCAUAGGAGAGAAAAUCGCACAACAAUUGCAGAUUGUUGACGUUGCACUUCUACGGUCUGCCAUACUGCAUACCACUGCCCAACUGGUCGAAGACACACAAGGUCAAUCAAAAAGUUCUCACCGCUACCUACUUUACCAUUGGAUGGGUGUCCUGCAGACAUUAGGCUCGACAAGAAGCAUGGUUCAGCCUACAAUGGAGGACUGGGCGCGCUUCAAAUCGAACACAGUCGAGCCGGAUACAGACCGAGCUUUGCUAGUCUUUGCAUGGACCUCAUUGCAUCUAUCUCGGCAUUGGCGACUAUCAAGCUCCUUGUCCGACAGACUACAGGCUUAUGACCUGUUUAGCGAGAACAUGCUCUCCAUCCCAGAAUUCGUGGCCGAGGGAUUCUUGGACCGUGCUCUCCCAGAUCUGGAAACCUUGCCUCUUCCGAACAGGGAAGUCCUCCUCCGUGAUCUCACCACGAUCGCAGGACAAGUCGGGACAACAUCGAAGUCAGAAGACGCAACAAGCUCGAAUGUCAAGGGAGUAAACGUGCGGGGUUCGCUGAUACCGAUCGAGGAUGGCUUGUACAGAGAUAUGCGAGGUCGAUAUAACGAAGCCCUCGCCGAGUUGUCGGACUGUCUUCUUAAGGACCCGCUAGCCUUUCAGACGGUCUCGCGACGUUUGAUCUGGAAGAACUCGACUUCAUUCACAAUCAUCUCCCGGAUCCUGGACAACAACACAUCACUUAAACUUGCGUUGUCACGGACUGCACAGCAUCCUCGCAUCGUUCCAGAGCGAACACGUCCUCACGAUCAUGCGACGUCCAUACACGACGUUCGCAAGCUGCAGGGCGACGGCGAAAAUCCCGGACUCGGGUUGGCAAGCACAGUCCUCGAUGUCGUCAACCAUCUCGCAGUGUCCUGCGCGACUUCUCCAGUCGUCAGCCCUCGCGAAGCCCUACGAAGAGUCCACUGGUGCUAUCGCUUCCUGCAUCGCUACGGCGCACCCAUAGAAUCCACACUUACAAAAGCACUGUGGCAUGCGGGCGUCGCUCGGUACGCGGAACACGGCUACGGAGAGUUUGGCACGGCCAAAACACUCUUGAGAUGGAUUCUGUCACAGAUCAAGAUGGCAGAGGGCGAGGACGUUGCAAGGCGUCUACUCUGGAGUCCCGCUUUUCGCGCGCAGCGGCGUCUGGAAAUGAACGAGUUGGCAAAACUUAAGGAUGUCGCGUCGUUUCUGCCCGCCAAAAGCGAGGGUCAAGAUGCGCAUGACAGCUCGACUAACAUCACGACUAGCCUGGACGGGCUGCGAGAGCUUGGCCAGGCUGAGAAAACGGACUUGUCUGCAGAUAUGGACCACGCCAUUGAAGAUCUGGGUUGCGACUUCCCAAUCAAGCAGCAGGCUAUGAUCAGCAUCAUGUCGGACUUAGAGAUCUGGCAGAAGAUCCGCCAUGUAAACACGGUGCCGCAUGCUUCACCGUUCUGGCAUGAAAAGUCGGUAAGGAAGGAACUGUGGGAGAAGGCCCAGGUGGCGAAGCAAGCCGGACGUGGAAGCCAGAGUUCGUAUAGCGGGCGAUCGGAUUGCGGACGAAAUGCUUGAUGAAUGCUAGUCUUCACAGACAGCACUUUCCGCCACGCUCUAGAUAUUAACUACUUUGAUAUACUCUGCACCAGCAGAUCCUCAGACUGGACGGCAGAUCGUACGUCAGUAUAAUGACAAUGAUCAUGAUGACAACUGUGGUGCUUUUUCCUGCCUCGGGC